GGCAGAGGCAGCGCCCCGUCUGGACCUGCUUCCGGAUGCGCGACCUCUCAUGACCGACGGAGCUCCCCUGGCCGAGGGUUAGUUAACGGGCGUGCCGUGUUGAUGGGUGGUCUCCCAGUCCACAACCGUGUUUCUCGAGCGUCUAAACGCCAACGCCGCUGCCAUGGACCCACCAGUGGACGACGGCCCCGACGGCUCCUCCAUCAGACCGGUGUCCUCGCUGCUGGCGAAGUUCGAGAACUUGAACAAGUCCCCCGAUGCGCAUCCACACUCCGGCGCCUCUUCCCGGACCGCAUCCCCGGUGUCGGCCCCGGUGCCGGCGCCGAAACCCGGGCGCUUGCGCGAGCGAGAUGUGAGCCCCUCGGCGGCACGCGAACCACCCCCGAUCCCGCCCACACGACCCAAGGACAGGUUGAACGUCUCCAACGUUGGCCCUCCCGCGGCUCAUACCUCGCUCUCUACCUCACCUACACGCCCCGUCCCCCCGCCCACCAGCCCACGUCUCUCACAACCCCCGUCGCUUACAGUCGAGCCACCUCAUUCACCGCCGAAGCGGGGCCUGGGCAUGCCUACCGGCGACCGGCCCGCCUUCGUACACACAGAUUCAUUGCCCAAACCGUCGUCACCGGCCACCGCAACGAAGCAAUUCAAGAUUCCCAGCCGCCCUCGCACACCGGUCCUCGAACCCAGAAGGUCUCCUCGCCUUGCGCCCUCGCAACCCCCAUCUCCUCCACCGCCUAGGCGGUCCGCAGAGUUGAGGCGGGACAGAGAGGUCGCUAGGGAGCCUAGCAGGCCGGUCCCCCCGCCUGUGAAUCGUGCGGAAAAGCCUCUGAUAGGCGCAGCGCGCUUUUCCCUCUUUGCGCAACCAAGCCCAUCCGUCGAUGCGCAGAACCGCGCCGGCGACAAGGUUUCGCCCUUCCACAGUCCGCCGAGUAGUAGCGGUACUGCCGAGGACGACACGCCACCUGCUCUGCCCACACGACCCAAGGCGCAUCCGGAGAGGGUACAGCGUCCCAAACUUCAAACAGCUGGCGAAUCCUUUGAACCCCCGCCUCUGCACCCAUCAGUGGCGGCCAGAAGAAUGGGGAGGGAGGGCGUCAAUGGUGGUGGACCCCUCACGCCGCAACCCACUGAGGAACAGCCACCAGCGCUGCCUGCGCGACCGCCUAGUAUGAUAGAAUCGUCUCGCGCCGUGCACGCGGCUCUAGCGCCGCCGCCACGCCCUCCCCGACCACCACUCAACACGAACCAUCCCCACGAAAUUGGCGUCGCCGGGCCAGCCUCGCAGAAGCGGGUCGCGUCGACGCCCACGACACAUGCGCCGCCGACGAUUCCAAGACUCAAUGGCAGAUCCGUGACGGUGCGCGUGGACCGGCUGUCGAGAGGAGCUGCUAGCGACUUUCGUGCGCCGGCCGGGCCGGCUACCCCCAUCGAGCCGCCGCGGGUCCCUGACGAGCAGCCGGGGAGUUCCGCCAAGGCCGACGCCUCCGCGCCCCUCACCACAGCCUACCCAGAUGCCUCGAGGACGAACCGGAGCAAGCCAUACCUGGCCAAAGGGGUGCACGAGAUUGCUACAAGCUACGACAGCCGCGUCUUCGACGUCUGUGGUGCGCUGGUCUGCACAACGGGCAGCUACACAAGAGCCUGGAGUGUGCAGGAUGGCGAGCUGUUGAUGAGCCUGGCCAUGGGCGAGGGCAUGAAAGGCACCGCGGUGAUGUUCCGGCCCGGGGAGAACGUCGACGAAGAAGGCAAGCGGGUCUGGAUCGGGAACAACAACGGCGAGCUAUUAGAGGCCGACAUCCAGUCGCAGAGCAUCACGGAUAGCAAGCCAAACGCCCAUGGCCGGCACGAGAUAAUCAAGAUCUACAGACACUUCAACGAGCUGUGGACGCUGGACGAGAGUGGGACCCUGCACGUUUGGGGUCCCGACGAGAAGGGCGUCCCGAGCCUGUCGCAGGGUCCCACGCAGUCGUUUCGGGUGCCGAAGGGGCAUGUGUUCUCGAUGGUUGUGGGCGACGAACUCUGGCACGCGACGGGCAAGGAAAUACGCGUCUUCCUGCCGACGCUGGACGGGCGGACGCAGUUUCAAGUGCUGAUACGGCCGCUGAUCCAGGACUGCGCCGGCGAGGUCACGUCGGGGACCACGCUCGCGUCAGAACCCGACAGGGUCUUUUUCGGGCACAGCGACGGGAAAGUGAGCAUCUACUCCAGAAAGGACUACUCGUGCCUUGGGGUGAUGAACGUCAGCCAAUACAAGAUCAACUCGCUGGCCGGGGUGGGUGGGUACAUGUGGGCUGGUUUCAACACGGGCAAGAUGUCGGUGUUCGACAUGUCGCAGACGCCGUGGAUUCUCAAGAAGGACUGGCAAGCCCAUAAGAACCCCGUCGUGAAGCUGAUUGCCGACCCGUCCAGCUUUUACAGGCUCGACCGGUGCCAAGUGGUGUCGCUGGGCGCGGAUAGCAUGCUGCGCACCUGGGACGGGCUCUUGCAGGAGGAUUGGCUCGAGAAUGAGAUGAAGGCCAAGGACGGCGAGUACUGCAGCUUUGAGGAGAUCAAGGCGCUGGUCCUGACGUGGAACGCGGGCGCCUCGACGCCCCAUAGCCUGCGCUACUCGGAAUCCGACGCGGUUUUUAUUCAGGAUCUGCUGCAGAGUAGUGGCUCGCCCGACAUCAUCGUCUUUGGGUUCCAAGAGCUCGUCGACCUGGAAGACAAGACGGCGACAGCAAAGCGCUUCCUCAAGCAGAAGAAGAAGAAGGAGGGCUCAGAUCAGGAGAGGAUGAGCCACCAGUACCGCGACUGGCGCAACUUUCUCGUGCAGAGCCUAGACGACUACAUGUCGAGCGGCGGCCUCUAUCACAUCCUCCACACGGCGCCGCUCGUCGGGCUCUUCACGUGCAUCUUCGUCAAGGCGGACCUCCGGGAGCGCAUCAGCAAACUCAGCAGCGCCGAGGUCAAGCGCGGCAUGGGCGGGCUGCACGGCAACAAGGGCGCCAUCGUGGUGCGCUUCAUGGUGGACGACACGUCGCUGUGCUUCGUCAACUGCCACCUCGCGGCGGGCCAGUCGGCGGCGAGCCAGCGGCACAGCGACAUCGCGGCGAUCCUUGAGGCGUCGCUGCUGCCGGCGGAGCGCGACGCGGCGGCGCGCAUCGACAGCUUCGUCGGCGGCGGCGACGGCUCCAUGGUGCUGGACCACGAGCUCUGCCUGCUCAACGGCGACCUCAACUACCGCAUCGACACCAUGAGCCGCGACACGGUGGUGGCGGCGGUCAAGGCGGGCAACCUCGCCAAGCUGCUCGAGCGCGACCAGCUGCUGGUGGCGCGGCGGCGCAACCCGACCUUCCGGCUGCGCGCGUUCGAGGAGCUGCCGAUCGCGUUCGCGCCGACGUACAAGUACGACGUCGGCACGGACAACUACGACACGAGCGAGAAGCGCCGCAGCCCGGCCUGGUGCGACCGGCUGCUGUACCGGUGCGGCUGCGGGCGCGGCCGCAUCGAGCAGCUCGACUACCGCCGGCACGAGGUGCGCGUGUCGGACCACCGGCCCGUCAGCGGCCGGUUCCGCUUCCAGGUCAAGCGGAUCGACCCCAAGAAGAGGGCGGUCGCCUGGAUGAAGUGCCAGCAGCGGUGGGAGGACGUGCGGGCGAGAGAGGCCGAGGCGGCCAAACUCUUCUACUUGACCAGGGUAAUUGGCUAUGACAAGACGACGGCGCAACGGCUGCUGAGCGAGCGGACAGCCAGGCGAGAUCACAGGAGCCCCAGCCGGCACAGGGAAUGAAUGGCUUUGGCCGAGCGAGACGGAACGGAGCAACAGCACAACAAUGCUAGCCGCUGCUGCAUUGCGUUGGGUAGAGAAGGGCAGAUAGAUCUGGGACACCGCUAAUGGGUGGUUUUUCGGUGUCCUCGCGAGCGAUGAUCGCAGCAGUAGAGACGGAACAGAUGCAUA